AUCAAGCUAGAGCCAUCCGAUCACCGGCGUGAGGUUGCCUUAGGGCUUCGAAGUUCUAUGAUGGCAAUUGUUACCUGCUUGAUUGGAUUGCAAUUCGGGCACGUCAUCAUACACUUUAAGGAUCACAAGGAGAGGAUUGUGCAGUGGAUGAUUGCUUCCUUUUGUCUAUUAGCAUUAGCUUUUUCAUUAGACUUCCACGGCAUGCAUAUGAACAAGGCUUUAUACACACCAAGUUAUACCUGCAUCACUGCUGGGAUUGCUGGGGUCAUGUUCACUGGGGUUUAUGUGCUGGUUGACAUCUAUGGCUACAGGAAGCCAACCUUGGUCAUGGAAUGGCUAGGGAUGCAUGCAUUGAUGGUCUACAUUCUAUUAGGUUGCAACAUCUUCCCUUUAUUUGCCCAAGGAUUCUACUUGAGGGAGCCUGAGAACAAUAUAUUGAAGGUCAUUGGCAUUUCCUAAACAUCAUUUAUCUCGUUCACCGCAUCAUCCUUACCUGGAAAGAAUUUCAAUCAAUGGUAAGAGAUGUCAAAGGAUCUAAUGAAUGAGGAAAAGGAGAAUGCUUGAAAUUAUAUCAGUAUACUUUAUCUAAGUGAUUGUUUGAACAGUUUUAUAGCAUGCAUCUUGACAAUUAAUAUAAUUUUGAAGAUCACUAUCAAGGAAGAAUGUUCAAAGAAAAGUAAAGGCUAAGGAGAAGAAACCAUAUACUCCUUUCCCUCCUCAGCUACCAAGCAAGGUGUCCUCAAGAGUAUUGG